AUGACCAUCCGCCAGUUUACAUCUUGGGCAACCUUGGAGCGCGCAGAUCCGGAGACGUUGGUGAACAAGCUCCGAGAGGUCUAUGUUGAGCUGGAUCCAGCCCAUGGCCUGCAUGCAAUGUAUUCCGAGCCUGUCGAGCGCGAAAAGGCAGAAUGUGGUUGCCUUUGCCUCGCAGCCCUAGCCUCGAACAGCUACGAUUACUUCGUGGCACCACAGAGGGUGGAAUCUCGAUUAGAGUCGGGCCAGUGGAACCAACUUAGAGGCAUUCUCAGCUGGGCUGCGCCCACGCAGGAGAUGCUGCAAGCCGCCUUCUUUUUGCUUUCCGUGCGAAGCAUCGGCAAGUACAGGACUGUAACGCGGCAGCUUCCUGAGGCGCAUCAACGUCCGGAAGCUGCUUUGACCAAUGUCCUGCAGCUUCAACAGGAUUUCAUCUUUCCCCAAAUGCUACAGGGUGAGAACGUACCUGCGAACCUGGCCCAGCUGCAGUGCUUCGUCCAGGAUAAAGGCGAAGAAACACUGAAAUUUUACGUUGUCUUCCUGCUGGGCUUCUUGAGUGCUCUGCAAGGUGGCACAGGGUCCAGCUUCAUGACAGCGGCCAACGCGAAGAACAUCAUCCUGGGCCUUUCCACAGUUCUCCUGAAGAUCUGGCUAUUCUUCGGCUGGCCUGCCUUUGCCGAGUCAGCGAUAGACGUUCGUUUGAGGCUGAGUGCUCAUGACCAAGACGUCCUGACGCAACAUUUUCUGGCAAGCGGUAUCCAGAGCAUGGCCAUUGUUUUCGUGCCAUGUCUUCUGGAAGUGCUCGUCGUCUUGGUGGAAGCGGUCUUCGCUGUUCGGGCAAACGAUCCAACAGCAGGAGAAAUCGUCACCGUUGACUUGUCCAACCUGGCCGCUUUCAUACUCAUGGUGCAGCUUGACUUGACCUGGCAGCAGAAUCGGUUCGUCUUCCAGACCUGUCUCUCUCGGUCCAAGCUGAUUGCGCAGCACACAUCCCAGAAGCACGACCAGGGCAAGCGAGACGUUUGGUUCCGACUGGACCUGACUGAGGACAACUGGAAUCGGGUGAACGAGAGGCAGCACGACGUGGCCCUGCUUGCCAGCACAGUGCCUGAGUCCGUCUUAGCUGGCCGCAAGCUGAGGUAUCCAAACAACUUGCGCGACUGGACGUUGGACUUUGGCUACCGGCGAGAGCUUAUGGCUGCCGAGCCUGUUCCGACUUUGGAGUUCCAGGCUGAGCUUUGUGUGCCAUGUGGUAACCGAUUGGGCGAGUGCCCGCUCUGGGAUGACCUCUGCCAAAAGCUGUGCUGGAUUGACAUUCAAGGCAAGAGCUUCUGGCAGCAUGACCCGCUCGGGCCGCGGGGAAAUGCAAAGUGCUUCGACUUGCCGAGUCGGCCCGGGUCCUUUUGCCUCACCAUGGCCCAUGGCGCCUACAUCAUCGCUUUGGAGAGCGGCUUCUCUCUCUUCGACUCCACCAAAGAGCAGCUGAUACCCAUCACGGAGGACCUGGAGCCCGGGCUUCGGACGCGCCUGAACGAUGGCCGGGUGGACUGCCAAGGGCGUUUUGUUGUGAGUGGUUGCGUGGACAAGGGCGACGAACCCAUCUCUGCAGUCUACCGCCUGAACACGGAUUUGACCGUCGAAAAGCUUCUUGCUGAUGUCCGCUGCGGAAACUCGAUUUGCUUCUCCGAGGACAGCAUGUUUUUUGCGGAUCCUGCCUUUCGUGGUACUGACCCCGAGCAGACCGGAACGGCCAACACCAUCUGGCGAUUUUUCGCGUAUGCGUCGACAGGAAUGGCCGGACCAAGUCAGGUGUUCGUCAAUGCGGCUGGUCGACCUGAUGGUUCUGUCAUUGAUGCGGAGGGCUGCCUCUGGAACGCUGAGUUCGGCGGAGGCAGAGUUGUGCGGUACUUGCCUGACGGUUCAGAGAGCAUGGUCGUCAGAUGCCCUGUCCGCUACACCACAUGCGCGACCUUCGGCGGGUCUGACCUGCAGACGAUGUACAUUACAGAUGCAUCGGUUUUCGUCAACCAGCGAGUUUCGAAAAAGCGAAGGGAGGAGUUGCCCGAAGGAUACGCCGGCGGCAUCUUCAGCGUCCGCUUGCCGACCCGAGGUUUGGCAGAGCGCCGGUUUGCAGGAAGCAUUCCGCGAGCCCAACUUCAGCGGCAGCUCGUGGACAGUGCGUGGAAGGCAUUGAAGCCCGCCGGUGUGCUCAUCUAUUCGACGUGUACCUUGAAUAGGAUGGAGAACGAGGAGGUAUGCGACUACUUGCUGAGCAGGGGGGCGCAGCCCCUGCGCAUGGCUGACCUUACAGGAAUUGACAGUCCAGGUGCAGGUGUUCCACAAGAUCAAGAAGAGCAUGUGCUCCGAGUUUGGCCACACACAUUUGACACGGAGGGCUUCUUCCUUGCAGCGUUUCUGAAGGAGGAGUCACAGGACCUUCCCCGCUGGACAAGCACACCCAGGCCUGCGGGUGCCCUGAGAUGGACACCGAUCCGUGCCACCACCCUGACGCAGCUCUUCAAGUCCUGUGAGGAUGCCUUGGGCUUUCGCCCACCUCUCAUUUCCAACUGCUCGAAUCGCUUGGUGCUGCAGGAGGAGCAGAAUCGCAUCCUCCUCCUGCCUCAGGAGGGCAUAAGCCGUGUGCCCGAAGCGCUGCAUGGCCUCGCAAAGGACCCUGGUCUUCCCAUCGCAAGAUGCACAGCGUCCGGGGACCUGCAGAUCACCGACGAGGCCCGACUGCUCUUCGGCCGUUCCCCCGGGAAGCCAAGCCAGCAUUCAGACUCAGCUGAAUGGCUGCAGUUGGCAUCAAGAUUGGAGGCCAACCUGGGCAGCUUGAACUCCGAGCUGAAUGCCCACGUUGAGUCUGGUGAUGCUGAAAGUGCUGUAGCAGUUCUGGCUCAGAUCAGCAAGCGCCGUCUAACACCAGACGUUGUCACCUACACUACCCUGAUGAAGGCCGGCGCUCGGAGUGGAUCCCACAGCCCAUUCGAUGUUGAGCAGACUGUGCUUUCAGCAUUGCAGGCGAGGCAUUUCUGCAUCCCUCCGGACCAGCAGCGCCUGAUCUUUGCUGGGAAGCAGCUAGAGGAUGGCCGUACAUUGUCGGACUAUAACAUCCAGAAGGAGUCAACUUUGCACCUGGUGCUUCGCCUGCGAGGAGGACAUUGUCAGGUCCCCUGCGGCAUUUUUGAUGACCCCAAGCUUGUGGCUGAUGUCAAGGAGGCAGUUAGCACUAUCAAGAAAGCGAUGGUUCAAAUAGGCGAGCUCUCCGCAAAUAUGACUGCGCAAAACAUCAAUCAGAUCACGCGCUGGGUCAACACCAAGGAGGAACAUGCCGGCAAGAUCAUCUCGCUCAUGUCGGAGUAUUGCUUGUGCCAAAGAGUGAAGCCCGUCAGCGAUCCAAAGACACCCUUUGCCAGCGAGGAUGAGUAUGUGUCUGCCAUCCAGUCCCAUCACAAAGUUAUGUUGGCAGCUGUGAAAUGUAAGCAGAAUGUCGACCCCGCAGUGGCUGAUGCACUAGACGUUGCUGUGGUUGAGAUGAGCAAGAUGUACAUAAAACAUGCGGGCGGUUAUGGCGCAAAGUGA